AUGGCAAGUGCAUUAAAAGUUAAGUGCGGUAAUGCAAAAGGGCGCUUAACUCGGGCGGCAGCAUUUGCAGAAGCGAUUGAUGAAUCUAUAACAAUCGAAAUGCUUGAGAUUCGGUUAAAUAAACUCGAGACCACAUGGUCUGAAUAUUCAUCUCUUCAUAACGAAAUUCUUGAAAAAGCUGAAGAUGAAGAAGUUAGUGAAUUAGAAUCUGAAUUUUCGGAAUACGAAUUAAAAUAUUUUGUUUCAAAUGCCGAGCUCGUUAAAGCCAUUCGCGAUAGGGAAAAAACUUCCACCAAACCAGUGGAAGUUCUUGAUAAUUCUUCUGCGUUUAAUCGCUUAGCUGAGCAACAAUCAGCCUUUCUCGAAAAAAUUAAUUCGUCUUCGCCAUCGUCAAAUAAUUCCAAUACUUCUAAACUUCCGACAAUCGUUGUGCCACCAUUCAGUGGAUGUUAUAAAGAUUGGCCUUCGUUCAGGGACAUAUAUCUGGGUUCAGUCGACACUAAGGUGAAUCUUAGUCCGACCCAUAAAUUUCAUUACUUGAAAUCCUAUCUGCGUGAUGACGCAGCCAAUCUUAUAAAACAUUUGAAAAUAAAUGACGCAAAUUAUUCGGAAGCUUGGGAUCGCUUAGAAAGACGGUACGAUCGAAGCCAAUUGAUAGUUCAAUCUUUUAUUGAAACUUUUUUGUCACUUCCUACUGCAAAUAACUCUAAUGUUCAAACUUUAAGAAAAAUUUCUGACGGUGCCGAUGAAGUUGUGCGUGGUCUUAGUGCGUUGGAUAAGACAGGUCGUGACCCUUGGCUCAUUUAUUUAUUGUUAAACAAACUUGAUUCGGACACCAAGCAAGCUUGGGCAGAGAAUAUCGGUUCUCGGGAAGACGUUACUAUAGUCGAAUUACUAGACUUUUUAGAACUACGGUGCAAUGCCUUUGAGGCUUGUCAAUCACUUUCCAGUCGGUCGGGUUCAUCGCGUACAAAGCAAUCAAACAAUAUUCGAGCUCAUCUUGCUGGGCCUUCAGACUCAAUUUCGAAAUCCAAAUGCCCAAUGUGUCAAGACAAUCAUGUCCUUACUCAGUGUACAAAAUUCGUCGCGUUAGACAUUGACUCUCGUCGAAGUUUUGCGAAGACAAACUCGCUUUGUUUUAAUUGUCUUAAAGCUGGACAUUCAUCGCAAAAAUGUUUUUCUACUUUUCGCUGUCGGGUGUGUAGAUCACGCCACCAUUCGUUGGUGCAUCCUGAUGAUGCAGCAAAUACAAAUCAAGUUUCGUUAACGGGUUCUUCUAACCAAACUCAAUCUUCGUCAUCAACCUCCGCUCAAUCCAACACCACCGAAUCGCUCGUUAGUAAUCAUUCGCUUGAUGUUAGUCGUCCUAAGAAAACUCUUUUACCAACUAUCUUGGCUAGAAUUCAAGACAAUCAAGGAAAUCUGAUAGACUGUCGUGUUCUUUUAGAUUCCGGGUCACAGUCUACAUUCAUUGUUGAAUCUUUCGCUCAAAGACUCGGUUAUCAUCGUAAGCAUUCAAGAAUUCCUAUCCUCGGUCUAUCGUCGACUGAAGUUGGAUAUACAAAGGGCCUCAUCUCACUAAAUCUUCGUUCUCGUGUCAAUUCUUCUCACUUAUUCGUUGAUGCCUUUAUACUCGAUAAAUUAACUUCAAACUUACCAACCAAAUUGAUAGAUGUUUCCUCCUGGUCUCAUAUUCAAAACCUCGACCUUGCUGAUCCUACUUUCAAUGUCGCCGCCCCAAUCGAUGUUCUUCUCGGUGGUGACAAACUUUGGAGCAUUCUCAAAGAUGGACAAAUUCGAGGUCCCAAUGGAUGCCCAAUCGCACAACGCACUUCGUUUGGAUGGGUCAUAACCGGACAAUUUUUUGAACCAGAGGAAUCGAACCAUUUUAUCUCAUUUCACUCUUUACUCGAUUUAAGUAAUUUGAUGCAACGUUUCUGGGAAGUUGAAGAGGUUUUCCCAGCAAACAGUUCUAUCGUUUUCGACCAGGCCGAAGAACAUUUUCAACUGACUUUCUCUCGAUCUCCUGACAGGAAGUAUGUUGUUCACCUUCCUUUUAAAACUCCAAAUCCAUCUUUCAAAAAUACUCUUUCGCUCGCUGUUUCUCGCCUAUUCGCAAUGGAACGUCGGUUCGCUCAAAAUUCGAAACUGAGAGACUUGUAUUCUGAUUUCAUGCGGGAAUAUAUCGGCUUAGGCCACAUGAUUCGAAUUCCUCGUGACGAAAUUAAGUGUUCUAACGGUAGAUGUUUUUAUCUACCACACCACGCGGUGCUAAAACCAGACAGUUCGUCUACUAAAUUGCGUGUCGUUUUUGAUGGCUCUGCCAAAGACUCCACUGGUAACUCGUUGAACAAUGCAUUGUUGAUAGGCCCUCCUAUUCAACGGGACUUAAUAGGUGUUUGCUUGCGGUUUCGACAACAUCCCUUCGUUUUUACUGCCGACGUCGUAAAAAUGUUCCGUCAAAUCUGGGUAGAUGACUCCGAUUGCGAUUACCAACGCAUUGUUUGGCGCGACUCUCCCUCAAAGGAAAUCGAACAUUUUCGGUUACGCACUGUAACAUAUGGUACAGCUUCCGCUCCGUUUUUGUCAGUUCGGGUUCUGAAGCAGCUUGCUGAGGACUAUAAAUCAGAAUUCCCGAAUGCAGCGCGUGUUCUACUGGAAGACGUAUACGUGGAUGACGUUAUGACGGGAGCAAAGUCACCCAAAGACCUUAUCGAAUUGAAAUCCGAAUUAGUCACUCUUCUUUCCAUGGCCAACCUUGAGCUGCGGAAAUGGAGCUCCAAUUGUUGGCCACUCCUAGCUUCUCUUCCUAAAGAGCAAUGUGAAUACUCUUUUUACGACACUGAACGUUCAAAUUCGUAUAUUAAGGUGCUUGGAAUGCAUUGGAAUCCAUCAAACGAUGAAUAUUCCUUUCGCAUCUCGAAGUCUCUUCCAACCAUUUCAUUGACAAGGCGUUCGCUGUUGUCUGAAGUAUCACGAAUAUUCGAUCCGUUAGGACUGUUGGCACCCUCAGUUGUACUUUUCAAAAUGCUCUUUCAGGAACUCUGGUCAUCGAAGUUAAAGUUGGGAUGGGACGACCCGUUGCCUCCAGAGUUAGCUGAUCGUUGGGAUAAAUAUCGGAAGGAAAUCUGGUUUUUUGAGCAAGUCCAAAUACCCAGAAACUUGUUUACCUCUUCCUUCGAUGACAUUGAACUGCAUGGCUUCUGCGAUGCAUCCACGCUCGCUUAUGGUGCCGUCCUGUACACUCGCUGUAAAGUUGCUGAAGGAAAGUACAACAUAACAAUUGUCGCUGCCAAGACCAAAUGGCUUGGUGCGAUUCCGAGAUCGUUUUACACUGGCUAUCAUCUCCUCCUCGUCGCUGGUGCAGCUAUUCUCGAAACUACUCCAAGAAGUUGCUGGCGUCAUAUUCGCUCCGAGUCAAAUCCAGCAGAUUGUGCGUCGCGCGGUGUGCUUCCAUCUGAACUCCCAAAUCAUCAUCUCUGGUGGACUGGUCCAGCCUGGCUAUCACUGGAAGAAUGCCAAUGGCCAAAGUCGAAAUUCACCACUCUUCAAUCGGACGAUAGCGAUCUUCUACUCGAAACGAGACAAUCUCCUCGUCAAGUUCUUCUCAUAGGACCUAACAAUUUUGAUGUUAUUGAUCACAUAAUCAUCAAAAUUUCCUCUUGGGAUCGCAUGCAACGUAUUCUCGGAUAUGUAAUUCGGUUCAUCUUCAAUUAUCUCAGCGAACCAUCAAAUCGUCGAACCUCAUACCUCACAACAAAGGAACUUUUCAUCGCCAAAACAACUCUCAUUAAAUCGAUCCAACUAAAAUCAUUCAGUGACGAUAUUCACGCCCUUAAAUCUAAAAAUCAAUUGCCCCUGAAAUCCAAACUGCUCAAAUAUUCCCCAUUUCUCGAUAAUAAAGGUCUGCUUAGAGUAGGAGGAAGAAUUAAAAAUGCCAAUAUAUCUUUUAACAUUAAACAUCCUUAUAUUCUUCCAGCUAAUGACUUUUCUCAUUUUAUUAUAGAAGAUAUUCAUAAGAAAAACUUACAUCCUGGAGUUUCCGCAACGUUCGCAAUCGUUAGACAGCAGUACUGGAUCUUGGGUUCUCGAAAUCUCACCAGAAAGAUUGUUUUCAAGUGCACUACAUGCUUUAAAUUGCGAAAAACAACUUCUUCGCAGCUAAUGGGUGACUUACCAUCGCAACGCGUAUCACAAAGCCGUCCUUUUUCACACACUGGGUGUGACUAUGCUGGGCCGCUUUGCAUUAAGCUGUCCAGAGGUCGAAAUCCAAAAACUUCAAAGGCAUAUAUCUGUCUAUUUGUGUGUAUGGCUACGAAGGCUAUACAUUUGGAGCUAGUGAGUGAUUUGACCUCUGACGCAUUUCUCGCAGCUUUUCGUCGAUUCGUUUCCCGGCGUGGACUUUGUUCGAAUGUGUAUUCGGAUAAUGGAACCAACUUCCAAGGUGCACGUCGGUGCUUGAACGAGAUGCACAAGUUAGUCAUAUCAGAAGCAUACAACGAGGCUGUUGCAACAUCACUUGCGAAGGACAAUGUAACCUGGAACUUUAUCCCUCCAUCGUCCCCUCACUUUGGUGGAUUGUGGGAGGCUGGAGUAAAGUCGGUAAAGUGUCAUUUGCGACGAGUAAUUGGAGCAUCCAUCCUUACAUUUGAAGAAAUGUAUACGGUGCUCACUCAAAUUGAAGCUGUCUUAAAUUCUCGCCCUCUUUGUGUGAUUUCAGAUAAUGAAUUAAAUCCAUUAACACCCGCUCACUUUCUUAUAGGUGAACCAUUUACUGCUGUCCCAGAGCCAACAACGCUGUCCACGCCUUUAAAUCGCUUGUCGCACUGGAACCAUCUACAAAAUAUGGUACAAGGCUUCUGGAAACGGUGGCAUGUGGAAUAUAUCACCACCCUACAAGAACGAUCGAAAUGGAAGACGGCAACUCCGAAUCUCAAACCAGGGGACUUGGUAAUAAUUAAAGAACCAAACCUUCCGCCAACUAAGUGGCUUCUUGGCAAAAUCGAAGCAGCAACCCAAGGGACUGAUGGCCGAGUACGAGUUGCUACUGUAAAGACGAACGGUGGAACAUUUGUUCGUCCAAUUACCAAACUUGCCCUACUACCCAUAUCCUGA